GAAAUGGUUCUUGUUCUUGUUCUUGUGAAGGAUGGAUCGUAGCUGGAUACAACCUUUGUUCCUGUAGAACCAAAUAUGUUUUCACUCUGCAGGGAUCAUCUCUAUAUUGAAUAACAACAACUUAAGCCUACCGAAGAUGUCCGGUACGAGCCAUCUCUACUGGGUUACCUGUACAGUCUGUUGUACAAGGUUUGAUCAGCUGUCUGAAGCUCAGGCGAAGCAGUUUUCUAUCUCAAGCUGUGGAUGUAUGCUAUGUGAAGACUGUACUGUAAAUCUGAAAGAUGAAUGUCCAGGGUGUAAGAAGAAUUCGGUUAAAGUUCUCCCCAUCACUAUGUCCUUACCUCCUCAUCUUAAAGAAGUGUUCAACAGGAAUGAGGAUUCACUGGCAAAGGUUCGGAAGAGAUCUGCAUAUCAGAAUCACCAGUUCACAAGAACGACGAAGAAAAUGAAGAGCAUGAUUCGAGAUUUACAAACAAAAAUUUCAGCUGAAAACAAAAAACUCGAGGAGAAGAACGAAAUUUUGUUAUCCGUCCAGGCGCGGAUAAAGGAGAAAGCAACCCAGAUUGAAAGACUGGCUGCCUCUAUGCAAACUGUUGAACUGAAUAGAUCUACUGACGGACAAAGAUCUGAAAGUCUAGCUUCAGGUCAUAUUUCCGAGACGGGAGAACGUAUGUCAGAGUCAGGUCGGGGCUCGGUUGGACAUGGUUCAGAUAGUGGAGCUCAUCAGUACCUGAGACAAAGAGUUGGACACAGAGCUGAAAAUGUGCGAGGUGGAUCCUCUCCUGGAUAUCAGGAUGCACAGAGGAGUAAUCUUCAACCUAUACCCAGGGGUCAAACAGCUCAAUAUGAGCGUAACAAUGAUCCGAGAGACGGACGAACUUUAGAUCAUGGUUUACCACACAAAGAGGGUAACAGAGGAAGGUUUGAACAGGAGAGAACUGACCCUUUGAGGGAUCCCUAUAGGAUUGAGAACCUAGGAGGAAGGUUUGAGACCAGGAGAAUAAACAACGAGGUUCAGCAUGACAGGGUAGAGGUUCAGCGUCAGAGAGAUGUUCUCCAGGACCAAAGAAUGUAUGAUAAAUAUGGAACCCAUCAGAUUGAUCAAUUAAGAUAUCCGAACACGUAUCCAGAAUCCUCUCUAGGUGUCCAGCCUUUACCACUCACUGGAGCCAACCCCCGGGAUGAAUAUCGUUCUUUAGAUUAUAGAGGUCCAGCGUCGGGAGCUCAUCAGAAUCAAGUUUUAGGGAUUCAACGAACCAAAAUGGAAAGGUUUAAUCCAAACCCAGUCCGCGGAAUCCAUGAAAUGUUGUCUGGAAUGCAUCAUGUUCCUAUUGCAGGAGUUAGAGCAAGUCCAACCGAAGGAAUCCGCGAUCAUCAAACAGGAUUAAUCCGGGAAAGAUUAGAGCAUCCGCCUGUGUAUCCCAGAGAUGUUGAUUACAACCGACCAAGGACGGCUCCUGAAAGUUAUGUAGGAUCUAGGUACAGAGGAAUCCAAGACGAACUAUACCUAGAGCUUUAAGAUGAGUAAGGUUGAAAUGACCCCGGAGGAGAUGGAGGCUAGGGAGCAGGAGGAGUUCAACACAGGACCACUCAGGGUGCUGACGGACAGUGUAAAGAAUAACACUCAAGUGCUCAUCAACUGCAGGAACAACAAGAAACUCCUCGGCAGAGUCAAGGC